GUCCUGAUGCGAAGUGGAUGGUGAAUUACUGACGGCGGGCAUCUCCGCAGUGGGCCAUCCCCAAUCUAGAAGGACCCUGGCGGAGUAGUGGACUUUCAUAGUGGGGCAGAAGCUCAGCUCCCCGCACCACAGCACCACACAUCACCACCAAACAACCUACUGCCCUCGCGCCUCUCCUCCAAACCCCUCCCCUCCCUCCCCGACCUGCCCAGCCCCUCUGUCCUUACAGGCCCCGUCAAAAUGCCCAUCGUCGACAUCCAUACGCACAUCUACCCGCCCUCCUACGUCGACCUCCUCCGCACCCGCAAAACAGUCCCCUACGUCCGUAACUUUGAAGACGCCCCAGACUCCAGCCGCCUCAUCAUCCUCCCCGGCGAAGAUGACCCCUCUACCCCCUCGACUUCGCGCGGCCGUCCCAUCGGGCCCGAAUACUACGACAUCGCGCAGAAGAUCGCCUUCAUGGACACACACAAGAUCGACAAGUCGGUAAUCUCCCUUGCAAACCCGUGGCUGGACUUUCUCCCCGCUGAUGAGGCCGGUGACGCCGCGCGCAAGAUCAACGACGACGUCGACAAGAUAUGCGCGGGGUAUCCGGGGCGCCUAUACGCGUUUGGCACGCUGCCGCUCAGCGCGGAUGCGGAGACCAUCGUCAAGGAAGUGGAAAGGUUGGGGACCCUGAAGUACAUGCGCGGCGUUAUCAUGGGAACAUCCGGGCUGGGCAACGGGCUUGACGACCCGCGGCUCGACCCCGUGUGGGCGGCUAUUGAGAAGGCGGGACAGAUGAUCUUUCUGCAUCCGCACUACGGGCUCCCCAAGGAAGUCUACGGUCCGCGGGCUAACGAGUACGGACACGUUCUGCCACUUGCGCUGGGCUUCCCGCUCGAGACGACGAUCGCGGUGAGCAGGAUGCUGUUGAGCGGGGUGUGGGAUCGGUUUCAGAAGCUGAAUGUGCUGCUUGCACAUAGCGGGGGGACGCUGCCAUUUUUGGCGGGCAGGAUUGAGAGUUGCAUACUGCAUGAUGGGCAUUUGAAGAGCAACGGGACGAGGGACAACAGGAGGAGUGUAUGGGAUAUACUGAAGACGAAUAUUUACCUCGAUGCGGUGAUUUACUCGGAGGUUGGCCUGGGGGCGGCGGUCGCGGCGAGUGGGGCGGACAGGCUGCUCUUUGGUGAGUUCAGAUCGCUCCUGGUAAAUGGUGUUGGGAAAAAGGGUUUGCUAACGUGAGCAGGUACGGAUCACCCGUUCUUCCCGCCGCUAGAGGAAGACGUCGAGGAGUGGCAUAGCGUCAACGCAAACUACACUGCGAUAGCGAAGGCGUUUGACAGUGAUGAAAAGGCGAAGGAUGUUCUGGGAAACAACGCAAUCAGGAUAUUACGGUUGGACGAGUAGGAUAUACCCGUUUACUGAAAGAGAAAAUACACAACCUUACACAUCGGGCUGGAUGUCCGCGCCGCGAACGUCUGAGACCCACAGCAGUCCAGUCACGAAGAC